AUUCAAGUAUACCUUGAUUCACUAAACUCAAGUAAUUACCACAUCAUUAUCAUCACAUCAAAUCUCUCUCUCUCUCUAUAUAUAUUCCAUGUAGAAACAGUCUAGAAUUAUAAAAUUUUAAAAUAAAAGCAAAUAAUUUUGAAUAUUCAUCAUGCAUAAACUUAUCUCAAAUAAAAAUCUUACAAGUGAUGUAAUUAUUAAAAAUCAUCAUCAAUAUCAUCAUCAACAUCAAUUACAAGAACAUAAUUUACCAUUGAAAACAAUACAAACAAAAACAUCACAAUCAGCACAUCAAUUAAAACAACAAUCAAUAAGUCAACAACAACAACAACAACAUCAUAAUCAUCAACAUAAACAACAACAACAGCAGCAGCAACAAUAUCAACGUCAUCAAAAUGAGUCAACGAAUAAAAUAAAAGUUAAAGAAAUUAACAGUUAUGAAAAAUUUACAGGUAGCAACACGAUUAAAUCCAUUUCAGACAUUCAGCCAUCGAAAGUGAAAAUGAGCGGUUACUUGAAAAAGAAAAGAACGAAAGUUGGUGGUUGGCGUAAAAUGUGGUUUGUAUUACAGAAUCAAUUGUUGCUGUCGUAUAGUUCAAAAGAGAAUUACGACAAGAAAUUGGUGAGUUUUAAAGAUGUUCUGAAUUUGGUACCAGGAACAACAAUUCAUCCUUUGGGAAGUUUCCGUUUUGCAAUUGAAACAACAACAAAUGUUAUGUAUAAUUUUCGAUGUGAUGAUAGUCAAUCUUAUAAUCUAUGGUUAAAUGCAUUGGUUGAAAGUUUAUCAUUAAACUUACAACAACAACGUUCAACCAAUAACAAGGAUAAUAAUAAUAGUAGUGCCGCUAGCAGCAGUGAUAAUAAUAAACAGCAAAAAUUUAAAAAUUCCAUUUCAUUAGAUAAUAUUCAACGGACAACGCCACCAAAUAAAAAACCAAUAAAAAGUUGCAAUAGUAGCGAUUCAAUUAGCCGUUUUAAUUUAAGUCGAACUCCGAAUAUACCAAUAGCUGAUGCAACAGCAAAAAUUUUACAACGUAAUGGAAUACCAUCCACCGGAACAAAUAAUGUGAAUAAUAAUGAAUUUCAAAUGAAAAAAGCUGGGCAUAAUAAUGACAGACAUCGAAAUGGUAGUACUCACAAUAAUGGUAAUUGUAGCGGUAAUAACGAUGGUAAUAGGAAUAAUCGCCAACAUCAUGACCAAUUAGAAACAUAUUGUGAGAAGCAAGAAAGGGCAAGAAACUUCCGUCUGCAUGAAAAACGUCUUUCCUCCGGGAUGCUACAACAAAAUCUGCAUCAGUCUGAUGAAGUAUCUCGCAUCAAUCGUAUGUUCAGUCGUAGCCGGAGUGCAAAUAACGUAGCAACAACAGUAACAGCAAAUUCAACAUUUAAUAUAUUAAAUGAUAGAAAUUCAUUUGUUGUAUCAACAUCAACAACAGCAACAACAUCAACAAAAACAGCAACAAUAACGUCAUCAUCAAUAUCAACACCAUCAUCAACAGCAAAAACAACAGUAUCAAAAACAUCACCAUGUUCAUCAAUUGUGAAUAUUGUAAAUAAUCCUAUUGUAAAUAAGGUAAAACCAUCAUUAUCAUCAUCUUCAUUACCAUUAUCAACAUCAUCAAUAAUAACAGCAUCUGGAACAUCUGUUGGUAUAGCCAGUAUCGUUUCACUUAAGGAAGGAAACGGACGUUAUAAUAUUGAUAAUAAACAAGCACGGAAAAAUUUAUUAAAUUGUAAUCAAAUAGAAUUUAUAAAUUAUAACAGUUACAAUAAUAAUAGUAAUAGUCAAUUUCAAAAUUAUAUUGGUGCUCAUAAUUUAGAUGAUAAUAAUCAAUAUCAUCAUUAUCAUCAUCAUCAACAGCAGCAACACAGUGAUUUUCAUAAUAAAUUCAAGUGUGAAAAUAAAAAAUCUCAAUCGGAGAAAUAUUUAAAUCAAAAUAUUAAUAAUAAUUAUCAUAACAAUAAUUAUCGUGACACAAAUCUAUUUAAUAAUAAUAACAAUUAUAGUGAUUGUAAUGGGCAAAAUAAAUUUAUAAAAAAUAACGAUAAAAGAAAUUCUAAUCAGUUUUUUCCUAUAAUGAUGCCAACAAAUAAUAUUAUGACUAAGGAUAAUAAUCCAAUAUUUAAUAAUGAUGAUGAAAAGGAUAUCAUUAUUGCUGUAACUAAUCGUAAUAAUACUUGUAAUACGGAUAGUAAUACUAGUUAUAGUAAUAAUAGUGGCAACAAUAGUAGUAAUAGUGAAUGUAAUAAUAGCAAUAGAAAUAGUCCUAUCAAAUAUAAUAAUCAUGAAAAUAAAAAUAAUGGUGAUAAUAAUGAUAGUAAAAAUUUACAUAAAAAUAUUAAUGAUGGUAAUAAUGGUGAUAAAAAUGAUAGUUGUAAUAAAAUAAAUAAAAAUAAUUUCACGAAUAGUGCUAAUGAUUUACGAGAUUUAAAUCAGAAUCGAAUGUUUGGUGUGUCAGCUGAGUACUAUGAGAAAAUUGAUGAUUUUCAAAAGGAUAAGGCUGAAGACGACGCUUAUGAAUGUUACCCACUUCAGCAGAAAAUGCAAGAUUUAAAUAUCUGUAAACAUCAACAACCAAAUGUUAAGCAGAAUGAAGUCGUCGAAUUGCAUAAUAAAUCUGACAAAAGAAUAAUGACACAAAAUUCAGAAAAAUCAUCAACAUCAUCUCCAUUUAAAAAAUCCAUUUCUCUCGAAAGAACAGGAGGGGGAGGAGGAAUAGGACAAAAUCCUUUUUUAAAUGAAUCCGAAUUCUCUAUAAAUUCAAUGAAUCCAUUUAAUUCAUCAUCAUCAUCAGCAUCAUCACCACAUCAAAGUUUACAAAUUUUUUCUCAUAAUAUUAAUUCACCUGGAAAAGAUGAAAUUUCAUUGAGCUCUUCAUCAACAACAUCAAAUAGUCGUUGUAAUAGUAGUUUGGUAACAACUGAAAGUAAUAAUUCUAUGACAAAUAGUCCAAUAAAUGAUGGAUCAUUAUUUAUACAACAACAGCAACAACGUUUACAAUGCUCAUACUCAAAUCGGCCAAAAAUUUUAGAUAGUCGUAUACAUCCAGCCUUACAACCAUCUGAAAGUAUGGAAGAAGAUUUACAUAUUUUAGUUCAUAAUGAUGGUGAAGGUGAAAGUCAUACCGAAGAUAUUGUAUUAAAUGAUAUUGAUGGACAAAGACCAGCUUCAGCACAAUGUUUAUCAUCUAUACGUAAUGGUACUGGUGUAGAACCAAUUUAUGCUUUAGUUGAUCUUAAAAAUAAGCAUGCACGUAGAGCAAAAUUAAAAGAAUUACAAGAUCAAUUAAAAAUGUUAACUGAAGCAAGAGAUAGAGAACGACCACGUAGUUUACAAUGUAUUUCAAGUGAUUAUGAAGAGGUUCUAAAUUUUGAAUGCAUGCAAGAUGAAGAUGAGGAUGGUGAAGAAGAGGACGAAGAUGAGGAUGAAAAUGAAAAUAUAUAUGAGCCGAUAAAUAUACCAGAAUAUGCACAAAGACAACAACAGCAUAGUCAACGUCAUGCUUUAUGGAAAUAUUUUCGUCGUAUAAAUAUUGAAGCUCUAUUAGAAUUGGCACGUAAUAAAAAAAUUCGUUCACCACGAAAUACAAAUAAAAAAAUAUAUGAAGGAACAAAUCUACAUCCAACAAUGUCAUUACCAGCAGAUGCUUAUAGUCAUCAUCAACAAAAUCAGCAGACAUCACCAUUUUCAGAUAUUCGUCGUAAAUUGGGUAAUCAUAGGAAAUCAAUUAAAUUACGAAUGAAACGAUUUUAUAAUCGUCAUGAUAUUCGUAAUACACAAAAUGUUCAUUCUAACGCAAUCAUUAAAGAACGUAACGCAUUUAGUGAUGAUGAAUUGGAUAGUCAAGGUGCAACUGGAUCUACUGGAUCAGGUGCAUCAGAAAAUAGUUUAAAAUCAUCUGAUGGUACUACUACUACAACGGGUGGUAAUGAAGAAAAAAGAGCUUCAUCUUUUGUUUUUGGUGAAAUUGAUAAAUAUCGACGAAGUCAAAAACAAUUUUUCGGUAGUUUAACAAGAUUAAAAAAAACUCGCACUUCUAUUAGUUUAGAAGAAGAUGAAACAAAAAAUUUUUUAGUAAAUGGGAACAGUUGUAGUAGCAACAAUACGAAUAAUUGUAAUAAUAUACCUUGGUUAAGUUCACCAAAAAUUAAUAGAUGUGAAAGGAAAAUUUCUGUUUCAAAUAAGUUUUCAAAAAAGGGCGAUGAAUUAUCUGAUGACAUUAAAACUAAAUAAAAUAAAGUGGAUGCAGCCGUAUGACAUCGAAUUAAAUUAGAAAAGAAAAGAAUGAAAUAUUAAGAGGGGAGGAAGUUAAGAGGGAGUUACCUUUUUAUUAUUAUUUUUAAGAGAAUUUAUUAUUAUUAUCUGUGUUUUUAUUCAAUUUGUUAUUAUAUAAUAUUUUUUAAUAGUAGGCUAUAGAAAUUGAUUUUCAAUUAGUUCUUCUAUAUUUUUAAAAAUAAAUGUUAAAAAUUUUAUAUAAAAUUAUUACAAACCUUUUUAAGAAUAAAAACUAAUUAUUUUUGUUCACACAAAUGAA